UGGGACACUAAGAUGAUAACGAUACAUUGUAGAGCUAAUUUACAGCCGCUAACAAAUAUGGAAAAGCCUCCUCUAAGAGAUUAUACCGCCACGAACGCCGCCAGUGCACCUCCGCUACUUAACACACUUACGCCUUCCCGCCGUACAAGCUCAAACCGUGCCUUUGCCGCAGUUUACACGUGUGCCAUCGUAGCCUUGUUCUACCGCCAUACACAAACACUCCUCAGCUCCAAAACCCUAGUUUCUUUCUACGUAACCCUUACGUUGUUCGUCUCCGACCUCAUCCUUGCCUUCAACUGGGCUAGCGGGCAAGCUUUCCGCAUGCGUCCGGUUUACCGUAAAGAAUUCCCCGAAAACCUCGAAAAGGUGGUGAAAACAAGUGAUUUACCGGGGCUGGACGUGUUCAUAUGUACGGCAGACCCGUACAAGGAGCCUCCAAUAAGUGUGGUGAACACGGCCUUAUCAGUGAUGGCGUACGAUUAUCCGACAGAGAAGAUAUCGGUGUACGUAUCGGACGAUGGAGGAUCGGCUUUCACUCUCUUUGCUUUCAUGGAAGCUGCUAGGUUUGCUGCCCACUGGUUACCAUUUUGUAGGAAGAACGACAUAGCGAAAAGGAACCCCGAUGAAUAUUUUGCGACCGAUUAUAAGACGAGUUCUGAAACUGAAGAUAUUAAGAUAAUGUACGAAAGCAUGAAAAUGAGUGUCGAACACGUCGUUGAAACAGGAAAAAUUAGUGAGGAAUACAACACCUGCGAUGAAGUCCGUCAGGUUUUCAGUCAAUGGAGUAUUGAUGGAUUUACCCGUCAAAAUCACCCCACAGUGAUCCAGGUUUUAUUGGACCAAAAUAAAGACAAAGACAUCACAGGCAAUUGCUUGCCCAACCUGGUUUAUGUCUCUAGGCAAAAAAGCAAGACAUCCCCUCAUCAUUUCAAAGCCGGUGCACUUAAUGUCCUGGUCCGAGUUUCUGCUGCCAUGACCAAUGCACCUGUUAUUUUAACCUUAGACUGUGACAUGUACUCCAAUGAUCCCACAACACCUCUCCGAGCUCUGUGUUAUAUUUUAGACCCUGAAAUGCAAAGCAAUUUGGGUUACGUUCAGUUUCCUCAAGAGUUCCAUGGGCUCAACAAGAGUGACAUUUAUGCUUGUGAGCAUAAACGUUUGUUUAAAGUUCAUCCCGUCGGCUAUGACGGAUUAUGCGGCCCUAAUUAUGUAGGAACUGGCUGCUUUUUUCGCCGGCGAGCUUUGUGCGGCGACCCUUCAACUUUCAUUUUACCGGAAAUCGAUGGUUUAUGUCCUGAUUCUGUCGUGAACAAGCCCUUAACUGCCCCAUCGGUUCUUGAAUUAGCACACCAUGUUGCUGGAUGCAAUUAUGAAAACCAGACCAAAUGGGGAUCUAAGAUUGGGUUCAGAUAUGGAUCACUUGUGGAGGACUAUUACACAGGCUAUCGUAUGAAAUGUGAAGGAUGGAGGUCCAUAUUCUGCUACCCCGAAACGGCAGCCUUUUUAGGAGAUGUACCCUUCAACCUUCUUGAUGUUCUCAGCCAAAACAAGAGAUGGGCAAUUGGACUCCUGGAAGUGGCGUUUUCAAGAUAUAGUACCAUAACAUUUGGUGUCAAAUCCAUGGGGUUGUUCAUGGGUUUAGGUUAUUCAUACUAUGCAUUUUGGGCCAUUUUGACAAUCCCAAUCACUACGUAUUGCUUACUUCCUCAGCUUGCUCUCCUUAAUGAACUCAGCAUCUUCCCAAAGGUCUCAGACCCAUGGUUUCUCCUUUACAUGUUCCUUUUCCUCGGAGCAUAUGGGCAAGACCUGCUGGAGUUUGUGGUCGAUGGGGGUACAAUACAAAGAUGGUGGAGUGACCAAAGAAUGUGGAUUAUGAGAGGGCUUUCAUGUCACGCCUUCGGAUUGACCGAGUUCGUGGUCAAGUCCAUCGGCAUUCCCACCGAGGGUUUCAACGUGACCAGUAAGAUCAUCAAUGAUGAGGAAGGCAAAAGGUACGAGCAAGGGGUGUUUGAGUUUGGGGUACCAUCGCCCUUGUUUGUAACACUAACAAUGGCAGCAAUAAUCAACCUGUUAUCGUUAAUCAUCGGACUGGUACAUUUUAUCGUCGAUGGCGGUAGCAAUAAGGAAGGGCUUGUUAUGCAGUUGGUGUUGACAGGGUUGAUUGUGAUGAAUUACUUGCCGGUUUAUCAAGCCAUAGCGUUGAGGAGUGAUAAAGGGAAAAUGCCUACUAAAACUACCGUUACGGCCACGUUACUAGCAUCGGCUGUUUAUGUAGUGGCUUCUCUGUUUCUCAAGUGAUUAUGCUAUAGUUGUUGUAUUUUAAAAAUCUUAUGUUUUAAUUUAAAAACGUUAAUCAAAUUAUUAUGGUUGUUGCGAGUUUCAGUUAAAAUUUAUCAACUUAACAUAUUUAUUUUC